AUGCGCUGGCAGGUGGCCCCGUUGGCUCUGCCGUUUUGCCUAUUAUGGCAGGCAUCAGCGUUUCCUCUGGCUCAUUCUAACGCCGCGUCACUUCUGGACAUAUCAAUUUCAGACUUGAGCGCGCUUCUGCAGAGCGGCGCUAUCACUAGCUACGAUCUUGUUGAGCUAUACUUCCAGCGUAUCGAGGAUGUCAAUGCAGAACUGAACGCAGUCAUCGAAAUCAGCCAAAAUGCAUUGGAUGUGGCCAGACAGCGUGACGAUGAGCGUGCUGCUGGCAACCUCAGGGGUCCACUACACGGGAUCCCAAUCCUAGUAAAGGACAACUACGCUACAACCGACGAUCUGCAGACUGGUGCUGGAAGCGUAUGUCUUGCCAAAGCACGACCAUGGGAAGAGGCCACUGUUAUCGUCAAAUUACGGCAAGCUGGGGCUAUCAUCAUCGGCAAGACGAACCAGGCCGAAUUCUCCGGUGGCCGCGGCUCUAACAGCACGGCAGGUUGGAGUCCUCGGGGAGGGCAGACUUUUGGCGCAUAUGUUCAGAACCAGACGGCCUGCGGCAGCUCCAGUGGAAGUGGUGUAUCUGCCUCGCUGGGCCUUGCAGCUGGUACUCUCGGUACCGAGACCGCUGGCAGCAUCACUUGUCCCGCGUUCAUGAAUAACGUUGUUGGCAUCAAGCCUACGGUCGGGCUGACAUCCCGUUAUGGCGUUGUCCCGUUGACGGCCAGACAAGACACAACAGGCCCGCUGACACAGAGCGUCGCCGAUGCCGCUCUAAUUCUAGAGGUCAUUGCAGGCAAGGAUCCGAGGGACAAUUACACACUAUCGCAGCCAUGGAGUACGCCUCCUCGUUACACGCAAGUUCUGAACGCCUCGGCCCUAGAGGGGAAACGCAUUGGAGUGAUACGGACCGACGAGCCAAUCUUGGACAAGUCCUUGUUCGUCAAUUAUGAUGAAAUACAGGUGGUGUUUGACGCCGCCUUGAUAUCGCUUGAAGUUGCCGGAGCACAGCUCGUCAAUGUCAAGCCAGAAGGGUUCACUGGCUCACUACUCAAUGCGACAAACCUCGUGCAAGGUAACAUGACCUUAUACGGCAGGCCUGAUUACAAGGAGUCAUUGACGAAGUACCUUGACAACACUAUUCAUGACGCACAGAGCCCUCAAAACCUAACUCAGUUGAUCGAAUGCAUCAGGACAGAUCCCUCAGAAGAAAUCGAUCGAGUCAACAUAGACUCUCUUGAGAAGAUUGCCGCGUGGAACAAGACUGCUGACGGACAGGAGGCUUGGGAAGCCUACAAUGCAGCCAAGGAGUUGGCGAGAACUAUACUAUUGGGAUCCGUGAAGAGAGAAGGCUUGGACGCCAUUGUCACGCUGCUGGACGUUGCCCUGAUAUUUGCAGCCCCAACAGGUCUCCCCAUAGUCACUGUUCCAAUGGGUUCUCUCGGUCAGAAUGCUACCGUAAUCUGGGAUGAGAGUGGUACGCUCAUAGAGAGCGCGCCGGGAAUGCCUCUGGGGCUUAGUUUUGUGGCAGACCGGUGGGAAGAAGAAGCGCUUAUCGGUUAUGCAUAUGCAUUUGAGCAAGUCUCCAAGGCGCGGGGCGAGCUGAAACCUUGGAUCAAGCCUGGACAUGAUCUAGAACUGAUCCUUCGAAAACCCAGGUCUGCAGAACUAAGAUGA